AUGGCCACGCCCCUGGUCACCGGCCUCGCCGUCGCCGCGACCGCGCUCGCCGCGCGCGCCGUCGUGACGACGGUCGAGGCGUGGGCGCUCGCCGGCCCGCGCGCGCGCGCGUUUUACCACGGCGGAUUCGAGGCGACGAUGACCCGGCGCGAAGCCGCGCUCAUCCUCGGCGUCCGCGAGGGCGCGGCGCGGCAGCGCGUGCUCGACGCGCACCGACGCGUGAUGAUGGCGAACCAUCCCGACGCGGGCGGGUCGGCGUUUCUGAGCACGAAGAUCAACGAGGCCAAGGCGACGCUGCUGCGAGGACGCGCGCGGGGCGGAGGCGACGGGAUUUAG